GUAUUGGUAAUUAGUGUCAUGUUAAUAAUAGUUGAAGAUUUCUGUAACUUUUUGGUUUUAUUUUAUAAUAAAUUUUAGUUACUUAUCUACGUGCCUAUUGUAAUUGAACUGUAAUUUACCCUGAAUUUUUUAUUUUUACUUAAAUCAAUAAUAUAAUUUACAUAUAUAGAGCUAUAAUAUUGCAUUCAUUGAGGUUAAAUACCUAACCAGUGAUUUAUGAUUAUGUGUUUACGUUUCGCAAAGUAAACCAUAAAGCCGGUAUCCGUAUACGAUAUAACUUUUUUUGUAUACUCUAGAAAAUAAUACUCUAGUUACAAUGAGCAGUAAACCGAAUUCAAAAAGAACUAUCUACGUCGGUGGCUUAGCAGAAGAGGUCGAUGAAAAAGUUUUGAAUGCGGCAUUUGUACCUUUUGGGGAUCUCGUUGAUGUUCAAAUACCGCUUGAUUAUGAGACAGAAAAGCACAGAGGCUUUGCUUUUAUUGAAUUCGAGAAUGCGGAAGACGCGGCUGCUGCUAUUGAUAACAUGAAUGAUUCUGAACUCUUUGGUCGUACUAUAAGGGUAAAUAUUGCUGCUCCACAACGCAUCAAAGAGGGGUCCACCAGACCUGUGUGGUCUGAUGAUGCCUGGUUACAGAAGCAUGCUGGUGAAACACUGCCUAUUGCAAAAGAGAAAGACGGAGAAGAUGGUGGUAACAAGGAGACUAGUAUGGAAGUUGAAAAUGAAAUAAUAACAGCACCGAAAGAGAAAAGGAACCCACAAGUCUACUUUGACAUCAGUGUGGGCAAGCAAGAGAUUGGCAGGAUAAUCAUGAUGCUUCGAGCAGAUAUAGUGCCCAAGACUGCAGAAAAUUUCAGAGCACUGUGUACACACGAGAAAGGAUUCGGGUACCAGGGCAGCAGCUUUCAUAGGAUCAUUCCUGAUUUUAUGUGUCAAGGAGGUGACUUUACAAACCACAAUGGUACUGGAGGGAAAUCAAUAUAUGGACGGAAAUUUGAAGAUGAGAAUUUCAAAUUGAAGCACACUGGGCCUGGUAUAUUAAGUAUGGCUAAUUCUGGACCAAAUACAAAUGGAUCUCAGUUUUUCCUGUGUACAGCUAAAACUGACUGGCUCGAUGAUAAACAUGUAGUAUUCGGUCACGUUAUGUCGGGAUUGGACGUUUUAAAAAAAAUGGAGAGAUAUGGUAGUAAAAGCGGGACAGUGUCGUCGAAAGUGAUAAUUAGUAAUUGUGGAGAAUUAUAAUGAUUUAAUUAAA